AUGGAGACCUUGCGCGACACAGCAUUCGGCAAACUAGUUCGUUUAGCCACUCGAUAUAAAUGCAUGCAGUACCCAGAGGAGCAAGAUGCUUCUGUAUGGACUGAAUAUCUGAAGACAGAAACAAAAAACGAAGCAGAAUCCUCGACAACAGAGAUUGACAAUGAAAACUUCGAAGAUCUGGAGGCUACCGGCAUUUAUACUGUCAUGUCUCAGUGCUCGACUCGGACACGACGGAUGUCAUCUGCUUCAACAAUUGGAGGUCCUAAUACAUCUAUCGUGAUUAGUUGGCGAGGGCCUGACGAUCCCGAGAACCCUCAAAACUGGAGCACGAAAAAGAAGUUCUUUGUCAGUAGCUUAAUUUGGUUUCUGACAUUUGCCAUCUACGUCGGUUCCUCAAUCUACACGCCAGGUAUUCCAGGCGUUGAAAAACAAUUCGGCGUAAGCAGCGUUGCAGGCACUCUGGGCCUAACGCUUUUUGUCGCAGGCUAUGGAGUUGGACCAAUGAUCUGGGCUCCACUAUCCGAGAUCCCCAAGAUCGGCCGAAGCCCAACAUACGUCCUAACACUCUUUGUAUUCGUGUUCUUCAACUUCGGCGUCAUCUACUCCAAAAAUUUCGGCAUGCUUUUGGCCUUCCGCUUUCUCACCGGCUUCAUUGGCUCGCCUGCCCUAGCAACCGGCGCAGCAUCCAUGGGCGAUAUCUGGAGCCCCAGAGUCCGCGAUUACAUGAUCGGCGUCUGGGGCAUGUUCGCAAUCUCAGCACCAGUCUUAGGUCCAAUGCUCGGCGGCUUUGCCUUUUCUGCCAAAGGCUGGACCUGGACUAUCUGGCAGCUGUUAUGGGUGUCUGCUUUUGCUUUUGUUCUUUUGUUCUUCGGGCUUCCCGAGACAUUUGCGCCGAAUAUCCUUGCGAGGCGUGCUCGCCGUGUACGCCGCAUCACGGGUAAUUCGCAGUAUAUGUCCGAGUCGGAGAUUGAGAUCCAGGAGAUCAAGACAGUGGACCUUAUAUUCGAAGCUCUAAUCCGCCCCUUCCAACUCUGUUUCCUCGAACCCAUCGUCCUCCUUCUCAAUCUAUACAUCGCCCUCAUCUACGGCAUCCUUUACCUCUGGUUCGAAGCCUUCCCCAUAGUCUUCUCCGAAGUCCACGGCUUCAAUCCCGGCGAAAGCGGCCUAGCCUUCAUGGGCAUCCUAGUCGGAACAGUCUGCCUCGCAAUCCCAGGCUAUUUCUACUGGAAAUACAAGUACCAGUCCAAGCACUUUGACAAAGACGGCAACAUCGCACCAGAGUGGCAGAUGCCACCGGCCUGCGUGGGCGCCUUCGCGCUGCCAAUCUCGCUAUUCUGGUUCGGUUGGACGGGCAACUUUGCCAGCAUACAUUGGAUUGUACCGAUCAUUGCCUCGAUGCUUUUUUCGAUAGGAGGAUGUCUGAUUUUCAAUUCUAUCUUUUGUUAUCUUGCGCAUGCUUAUCCGAAGUAUGCGGCGAGUGUGCUUGCGGGAAAUGAUUUUCUGCGGUCUUCGUUUGGGGCGGGGUUUCCGCUGUUUGCGACGGCUAUGUUUCAUAAUUUGGGGAUUGGGUGGGCGUGUACUUUGUUGGGAUGCUUGACUGUUGUUUUUGUGCCGUUUCCGUUCAUUUUGUUCUUCCGCGGGAAGAGGAUUCGGAUGGCGAGUAAGUUUGCGAGGCAUGAUAUUUGA